AUGGGAUAUAGAAUCCCCAAAAAGAAGUUAUUGCUACUACUAAAAGUAGAUGAUGAGUUACCAGAAGGUGAUGCGGAGGUAAAAAAUACCACAGAAAAGAAAAAUAAUCCUGAAUGUAACUUCCAUGGUAACAAAAGCACGGAUCACAGAAUCAGUUGCAGACAGCAGCCAUCACUUGGGACACCCCAGUUAUUUUACCCAACAAAGAACCUACAGCAGUCUUUUCUGUGUGUGAAGGGCUAUAAGAAGCCUCAUCUCAAUCAUGUACCACAGCUUCUGUCAAGAAAAAACUGUAGCAAGCACGCUGAAUGUGACACACAUCUGGUGGCUCAUAGAAAGAAGAAACCAUAUAAAUGUACUGAAUGUAACAAGAGUUUCACACAGCUCACUAGCCUUCAGCUUCAUGAAGCCGUUCACACUGGAGUGAAGCCAUAUAAGUGUACUGAAUGUGGUAAGAGCUUUCGACAAAAGGUACACCUAAAGAGCCAUCAGAACUCACACACAGGGGCGAAGCCAUAUAAAUGUGCUGAAUGUAGUAAGUGUUUUAGACAAAAGUCACACUUAAAAUACCAUCAAAACUCUCACACAGGUGUGAAACCAUACAAAUGUGCUGAAUGCAAUAAGUGUUUUACCCGUCUUAGUACACUUCAAGAGCACCAUGCCAUCCAUACAGGGGAGAAGCCGCAUAAAUGUGCUGAAUGUGGUAAGUGUUUUCGACUAAAGACACAACUAAAACUCCAUCAGAACUUGCACACAGGGGUGAGACCAUAUAAAUGCUCUGACUGCAGUAAGGGUUUCACAACUCUCUGGGGGCUUCAACAGCAUCAAGUCACUCACAGUGGUGUAAAACCAUAUAAAUGUACUGAAUGCCGUAAGUGUUUCACACGCCUCAGCAAUCUUCAGAAGCAUCUUGUCAUUCACAAAGAACUCAAAACAUUUGGAGAAAUUAAUAAAGAUGAUAGACUUUAUAAAUGUGCUGAAUGCAGUAAGUGUUUUAAAGAAAAGACACACCUAAAAUACCAUCAGAACUCUCACAGGGGGUUGAAACCUUUUAAAUGUACUGAAUGCAGCAAAUGUUUCACAUAUCCCAGUAGUCUUCGAAACCAUCUUGUUAUACACUCAGAAGAAAAACCAUAUAAAUGUACUGAAUGCAGUAAGAGUUUCACACAGCUUGGUGCUCUUCGACAGCAUCAUGAUAUUCAUCAUGCCAGUCACUCAGGUGCAAAGCCAUACAAAUGUACUGAAUGUGAUAAGUGUUUCACACAUCUCUCCUAUCUUCGAAAGCACCAGGUCAUUCACGUGGAAGAGAAACUGUACAAGUGUUCUGAAUGCAGUAAAUGUUUUGCACAAAAGUCAAAUCUAAAAUACCAUCAGAACUCUCAUACGGGGGUGAAACCAUACAAAUGUACUGAAUGCAAUAAGUGUUUUGCGCACCUCAGUACUCUUCGAAAGCAUCUUGUAAUUCACACAGGGGAGAAACCAUAUAAAUGUACUGAAUGCAUUAAAUGUUUUGCACAAAAGUCAAACCUAAAAUACCAUCUGAAAACUCACACAGGUGUGAAACCAUACAAAUGUACUAAAUGCAGCAAGUGCUUUGUACAAAAGUCAGACCUAAAAUACCACCAGAACUCUCAUGCAAGCAUGAAACAGUAUAAAUGUACUGAAUGCAGCAAAUGUUUCACAUAUCCCAGUAGUCUUCGAAACCAUCUCGUUAUUCACACAGGAAAAGUGGGAAAAAGACAUACAGAUAAUUCCUACAGUAGUAGAAACAACAGGAUUGACUGCCUGAUAAUGGUUCGAAGAUCCCAGAGAGUGAAUCCUGUGCUCAUAAAACAGGAAACAGACUGCGAUGAAAAUGAACUGCUGCAGAACCAGUGUGCUAUAAAUGGGGCAACAUAUCAGCGCUGUGGGGAUCAUGGGCGAAGAUUGGAGUUGUUCUGUCAGGAGGAUGAGGCCUUUGUCUGUACACUGUGUGUUCCCACACAUUCUGGUCACAAUUUUGUAUUCCUGCAUGAUGCAGUCACUCUGUAUAAGGACAAAAUCGAAACAGCUUUAACAUCCCUAGAGUGCAGACUGAAAGAUCUUAAUUGUUUGCAAAGACAGCAGACAAAACUAACAGACAUGCAAAAUGAUGCUUUUAAUUUGGAACAGUACUUUAAACAAGAAUUUGCAAAACUGCACCAGUUACUCCACAACCAGGAAGAGAAGCUCAUCCAGCAGCUUAAGAACGAAGAAAACAUUCUGAAAGAAACGAAAGAAAAUCUUGAAUACAUUAAGCAUGAUAUUAUUGCCUCCCAUGGGGCAGUGUUUGAUGGUGACUUGGAGUUCCAGACUAAACAAGCAGGGACUCUGCAGGACUUGGAGGAAAAUUUUGAAUGGAUUCAAAAUUAUGCUGUUAGAGUUCAGGAGACAUACAACAAUAAUACAGAGCUUGGACAACUGCACUCUAUUGGUUUGCUAACAGUACCAAACACCUUUGAGGAUGUUACUGUCAUUUUCUCAGAAGAGGAAUGGAAGACACUAAGACAGCAGGAUAAAGAGCUUUACAGAGAAGUAAUGGUACAGAACUAUAAAGCAUUGGUUUCAGUAGGGUACAUAAUCCCUAGAAAUAAGUUACUGCUACUGUUGAAAACAGAUGAUGAACUAACAGUGUUGGAUACAGAGAGGGCGAAUACCACUGAACAGAAGGAUCAUAUUAAAGAUAACCUCCACAGUCUCAGAAGUACAGCGUAUAGUGUGAGAUUCAGUCAGCGGCUAUCACUUGGAACACUCCCAUUACAUCAGUCUACAGAGAGCCUGCAGCAUGUGAAAGGUUAUGACACCUGUCCUCUCACUCUGGUACAGCAGCUUCACUCAGGACAUAACUACAGCAAGAGCUUUGAAUGUGGGCAAGUUACACCUCAGUUAUGCCACCCAUCUGAGAACCUGCACUCAUGUGCUGAGCUUGUGAAGGGCUCAGACAAGAUCCAUCCCUCCCCUGUAUCACAGCUUCAUUCAGGACAUAACAACAAGAAUACGUCAGAAUAUGGCACAAGUCACAAAGCUCACACAAAGAAGAAAGCAUACAAAUGUGUGGAAUGUACUAAGAGUUUCACACGUUUCAGUAAUCUUAGAAACCACUGUGCCAUUCACACGGGAGAGAAACUGUAUAAAUGUAGUGAAUGCACUAAGUUUUUUACAAGAAAUAGCUUACUAAAGCGUCAUCAAGUGUGUCACAGUGGCAAUAAACCAUUUAAAUGUGUAGACUGCAGUAGAUGCUUUGCACGGCUCUGUACUCUUCAAGAACAUUCUGUAAUUCACACAGGAAAGAAACCAUUUAAAUGUAUUGAAUGUAGUAAGUGUUUCACACGUCGCAGUACUCUUCAACAGCAUAGUACCAUUCACUCAGGAGAGAAGCCAUUCAAAUGCAAAGAAUGCGGGAAGAGCUUCUCACGUCUCAGUACUCUUCGAGACCAUUGUACAACUCACAUUGAAGACAAACCACUUAAAUGUACUGAAUGUAAUAAAUGCUUCAAACGCCCUGACACUCUUCGCCAGCAUCUUGCCAUUCACUCAGGAGUGAAAAAGCAUAAAUGUUCUGAGUGCAGUAAGUGCUUCAUUCGUCCCUACAGUCUUCAAAGGCAUUCCGCUCUUCACACAGGAGAGAAACUACAUAAAUGUACUGAAUGCAGAAAAUGUUUCACACAUGUUACGAGUCUUCAAUACCAUCUUGCUGCUCAUAGAGGAGAGAGACCGCACAAAUGUGCUGAAUGUGGUAAGUGCUUUACACGAAAGAAACUACUACAGUACCACAAAAAUUCUCACACAGGAGAGAGACCAUAUAAGUGUACCAAAUGUAGUAAGGGCUUCUCACGUCCAGCUAACCUCCAGAAACAUUAUGUAGUUCACAAAAAAGGAGAGAUGGAAUCAGCAAGAGAAGGCAACUAAUACUGCUGGAACAGAAUUCAUCCUCAAGCCUUGGUGACUACCUUCAUAUGGAGGACCCUAAUCUCGCCAAAAUUAUACUGAUAUAUAGACUGUAUUUUAUUUAUCAUGAAGAAAGGUAGAUAAAAAAAAAUUAAAAAAAAUGAGAAUAAAAGGUGCCCACUGCUGGCAUCUGCACUGGUGUUAGAACUAUGAAACAGGUAGUGUAGAAACCAAAGGAAAUGGAAGCUUUCCUACCACUGGGCUAGGCCUCACUGUGCCCCCCCCCCCCCCACAGUAGAAGGAAGAACCUGUCUAUAAAAACACAACAGGCCAUGCAGGAGGCAUAAAGACAAAAAAAAUAUUUGCUUGAGAAAAACUGUUAAAAGCUAAAGAUAAUAGCUUAAAAUCUGUAAUUACCUAAAUGAAGAAGCAUUGGGCUGUCUUGAAAAGGAUAUGACUGAGAAAGUACUACAAGAAAGAAAAAAAAAAACAAAAAGGGGUUAUUAAAAUUUAUAAAAAAAAAGAAACUUGGACAUGGACAAGGAAAACAGAGCUGAUCUGGUGCAAUAUUUAUAUUUAAAAGAAAGUGAUAAUAAGUAUGAAAAAAUGUACCUCCAAAGAUAAAUAUUUGAAGAAAAAUGCAAGCAUAGAUAUAUGGCUAUGGUCAGUUUUAUGAAGGCAAGAAGAAGAACACAAAAGGGGAAUGCAGUAAACAAGUUCAGUGAAAUCUUAACCUAAGUGAUAGACUAACUGUGGAGUGAAGGUUUUAUUAUGGGAACUCUAAUACAGGGACUAUCACAACAUGAUGGGUCAGUAUGUCCACAAUUGGCGGUGCAGCAGAGCAGGAUGUAUUUGGAAGGGUAUAAUGCAGGGUAGUGAUUUGGGACUUUCCGUAGGAGACUGACAUGAAAAUCCAGGUAGAACUGCACAGCAAGGGAAAGAUCAGGAAAUAGAGGAGACACGUUUAGUGAAGAAGAAAGUGGUCUAAAGGCAAACCUGCUUGAUUUAAUAGAAAUUGAGACAUAUUAAGAUAGACUAAAUACAUUACAGAAAGUGAAUAAGGCCCACAGUUUUAGAAGACAAAACAGAGUAAUAUGAUAUAAUAUAAAUAGAAUACAGUACUGUGCAGCUAAACUAAUAGCAGAUACAGUGUUACCAAAAAAUGCAAAGUGACAAAGGCAAUGAAGGAAAAAGUACAAUGGAAGGAAAAAGCAUUGCUAUUAAAAUAAUAGAGAAAAGGGAAUAUGCAGAAGUCUUAGAUGUGGUAAAAGCAGGACCACAAAUUCCAAACAGAUUUGGCUUUAUUAUACAAUAUCUCUAAUAAUAAACUAAAAGUAUCAGCACAAGCGUGAAAACGUGCAAUAUAUACAAUAUAGACAAAAAUAACAGAAAAGUAUAAAACAAACAGUUUAUUAAUGAACCCAAAAGGCUACAUAGAAAAUUAAGAAAGAAAGCAAAAAUAAAUGUAAAACCACAUAAAAAAGAAGAAAUCAGUACAUUUUGGAGAAAUCUUACCAACUCCUGUUAAACAUAGUAAGGACUCCAAAUCAAUAGAGUUAAAAAAAAACUCUAAUAUAGAGGAUUUGAAAUGUAACAAAGUAAUAACUCAAACUGAAACCAACAUUAAGAAAGAUUCCUAACUGGAAAAUCCAAGGUUCAGAUACAGUAUCCAGCUUUUAGCUAAAUGCUAAUGCUAAAGUUAUUAACAUCUGUACGUAAUGAUUUAGCCCUGAGUAAAAAAUAUGUAUAUGCCCUUCCUGAGCAGAUAGCAGUCUGGUUAACAGCAAUAAAAACAGCCCUCAUUAACAACCAACCUGCAAGCCAUCCUAAGAACUACACACCAAUAAUUUGACUUCCAACAGUAUAUACAAAAUCAAUGCAGACAGAGCUUAUAGUCACUUAGAAAAAAAUAAUGAAAAAAAAUCACAUGGAACAAAGGAUCAUCUAUUAUUAAACAAAGUUAUAACAGGGUGAUAUGAAAAGUGAUUUGACUGAACAUUGUAAAGAAAAAGACCAAUACAAAUGAAUGGUGCAUAUGUAUGGCAUGGAUAGAUUAAAAAAAUAACAGCAUCACCUUUCCUGAAUGCUUACAGAUUUAUAAAAUAUAUUCUAUACUGUUAAAUUACGUAGCAGUCCCUAAGAAAUAGUGACAAACCGCCUUUCAAAUGAAUGAUGAUAAAGGGCAAAUUAGUAUCGCGAUGAAGGAUAUUAUAGAGCGAUUUUAUUAUCACUGCUAUUUUGGCUUGCUCUUAACCUGUUAAGCUGCUUACUUAAUAGACUAAGACUAGACAAUGCUUCACUUACAGAAAUCAGCCCUGCCCAAUGACAUCUCAUCGACUUUUUAUGAAUGAUUUAAAACCAAAUAGCAUCAGACAAGCCAGUGAAAGCACAAGCACAAAUGGCUUAAGCUUUUUUUUCUGAUGAUAUAAGAAAGACAUUUGGCCUUGAUGAAUGUGCAAAAGCGAUGUUUGUAGCAAGAAAACUAAAGUAUCAAGACAAUAUCAACUUGGGAUAGGAAUAUGAUAUAAAACAACUUGAACAGGAUGGGCUGAAUAAAUAUCUGGGAACAGAUGAAUGAGCAACAGUUAAGCAUGAACCCAUGAGACCAAAGCUUGGUAAGGAAUAAUUUGAAGCUUAAAGCCAAUAUUGAAAAUCACUUUGACAUCUUGGAAAGUUCAAGAUAAGUUACUGUUCCUGUUCUGAUUUUGGUGUGAUUUACUGGGCCAAAAAACAUUGGAUCAGUUGGCUCAGAAAACAAGAAAACUACUUCACGCUUGCCGUAUGAUAAAUAAAGAAUGCAUGUUAAUAUUAUAUAUCCCUCAUUCUGGAGGAGUUAUGGUCCUCCUUGAAAUUUGUUACAUAUAUAGGUCUGCAGUCAUGGGACUGCGUAUAUAUUUGUUGACAUCAUCAGAUCCAAACACAGUUAAAGUUCUAAAAUAUGAAGAGCACAAACCUAAGAUGACAUCUUUAUUCAGAUCAGCAUAAGCAUCUCAGAAAGGAGUGGGAGUGGAAACCAAAAGUGGACAAAAAGCAAGAUAUGACAGAAAGAUCUAGAAAUGAAAGAAAGAAUAUAAAGAACAUGAUGAAAACAAUAGGAAAUAAAACUGGUAAUCCCACAAUUGUAGUGGCAAGUAUAGGAAACUGCUACAACAACCACUUGUUGAGCAAGGUUUGAUACAUGGAGGAGUGAUGACAGAUGAAUUUAAACCAAAAGAUAAAAAGUAAUAGCAGCUAAAGAUGGUGGAUUGUGUACAUGAUUUUAUAAUGUCUAUAGAAAAAGUGGAGCUACAGAAAAAUAUAGGUUUUCUAGUACAGAAAUAGAAACAGUUACAUAUCUUGUUUCUGGCUGUGAUAUAUCCAUGGCCGAGGGUCUGUAUAUGCUGCAUUCUUUUUUUCUCCCUGAAUUCAUCCUGACGGCCAUUGAAGUGCCUCACAUCUAUACUAGGUCUAAUGGCCACUCCACUAUACUUUACAGCCACUCCAGUCUACCCCCAGUCAAUUACAGAAUUUGAUGCCAGGGCCAACAUGUAUACAAAGGGAGACCUGGGGGGGUCAGUGCUUUCCUGCUGGGUUUUUUUCUAAUUUUUUAAUCAUACGCCAUUUCCUCACUGACUUACAAAUUGUGGCUGACCUCUGGGGACUUGCUUUGGGCAGACCACAUCACCCCCCCCUCCAUAAUUCCACACUGUGCUACAUGGGCAAGCUGUCCUACUCUGAUGGCUUAGCACAUUACAAAUGGCUUCCUGGCUGAGGCCAGGAAGCUGCUAUUCUGUGACCUGCCCACACAUCAUCUUCCUCCUAUGAUGCGCAAACACAUCCUCCCUUCCACUCCAUCAGUCACUCAGAUUACUAAUCAAACUAGGAUUAACUUGGCUAUAGUCAGGGCUUUAUCCAUCUGCAAGAGUCUGCAUUGCAUUGAAGAUUGUACAAUUACUACAAUGUACAGGUAGAUAAGAACCACUGAAAAUACAAAACACAAAGAAAUACUGAAAAUGAAAAAGUUCUGAUCACAUGGCAUUGAGGAUUUGAAGUGUAAUGAAUAAUAACUUAAGAUGAAAACAGCAUUGAGAAAGUAGAAUCAAGGACACCAGAUACUAUACUCAAAGAAAAAAUGAUGAAAGAAACAAUUGUUGAAAUAGCUGUACCUAGCUAUUAUAGUGUCCUGUAUACUGACAGACUUAAAUUAGUAAAAUAUAUGGAUAUGUGUGCAGAAACUUAAGCAAUGUGGAAUAAGAUUAGCCAUAUGGUUCCAAUAGGAGAAGCAGCCUUAAUAAAAAAAUAAUUUUCAAGCUCACAUAAGUAUGCUACCAGUCCAUAUAACUUCAAAAAACUGCAAAAGGAGGUAAUUUUGUGCACACUGCAGGUGCUGAGAAGAGCCCACUUGUCAAACAAGAAUGACUGAGGCAGUACUAAUCUCAUGAUCUACAAUAGUACCCUGACUUAUGAAUGGGGUGCACUCCUGGAACAGUAUUCAGAAUCCUAUUCAGUUGGAACAAUUAGAAAAAGAGGGAGAAAUUGAAAUGUGUUGAAUGCCUCAAGGCAUUUUAUAUAAAAUAUACACAAAUACAAACACUGUCAGAGCUCUCACACAGGGCCUAGACAAAGGUAGGGACCAGAUAGAGAGGCCUGGAUGGAGAGAUAAAACUAGCAAAGAAAAGAAGAAUAUUGAAAUCAUCCGCAAGUCAUGGUGAUUACCUUCAUGUGGUGACCCUUGUUUUUACAAAAUCUCACCAAUGCUGUACUGAUUAGGAAAGGUCAUGCUACAAGUGGCCUCCUUGUGAUAUAUGAAAUAUGUAGUCCACAAAAAAUAAUGCUGAUCAAUCAGGUAGGAGACACAGAAACAAGAAAGUCAACAGAUAAAGGUAGAAAAGAGAACGUGUUGUUAGGUAACAUAAAAAAACAUGAUUUCCACAAUGGGCGGCAUAGAGCAAAAGUAAAAUGAAAUUAAAGGAGAGAAAAAUACUUGCACUAAAAAACUGUGAAAACCUACAGAUAAUUUAAAUUCAUUGUAAAACGAAUCAGAAAAAAAGCACACCAUUAUAAAGAAACUUUAGACAAUCUAGAAAAAAAGAUGUGCUCAAGGAAGUUCUACAAGAAAAACAUAAACAACAGAUGCUAUUAAAAUUCAUAAAGAAGUAAUGAUCCAGGAAAGAAAAAGAGAUGUUAUAUGUGCAAUAUUUAUGCAAAAAUGAAAACAGUUCUAAUCAACAUGACCACUGUAACUUCAAAGAUGUUUGAAGAUAUUGUGAUGAUUAAGCCUUCUACUGUUUAUACCCGAGUUAAAGUGGAUUAGAGAUAAGUGUGUGUAGUUCAUAGGAAAUACAUGAUUUUCCCUGAGGCAGGGAGGAAAGCCAUAGUAAUUGAGAGCAGCUGAUUGGUGGUAGUGUAACUGGAACAACAGAAAUGAAGAGUAUACAUUCCUGGCUAAUUAAACUGCAGGAGCCUAAAUCCUGAGAAAGAGAGAGAGAGUGAGAAAAUUGUUUGGACGUGUGGUGGUGGUCUACAAGGGGGCAUUCUCACCUGGAUGGUAAGUAUGCUAGUGAGAAAUCAGAAUAGAUGUUUACAUUGUUACGUUAAACUGUAGUAAUUCUCAUAAAGUAGAUCUGUCCUGUCAUCCUAAGAUGGAGACAAUUGUGGGGACUAAGUAUUUGUAAAUAAGGUGUUUUUUCUGUAAUUGAACUGUAUAACCAAACGUGUUGCACUCUUAACUGUUUGUCAAAAACUGGAACUUAUGGAGUGACACUAACACUGAACACUGACACUAAACUGUGCUUCUUUUUGAAUUGUCUUCCUCUUCCACAAUUUAGUAGCAAGAAUGUUCCUUUUUAUGUUUUGAAAAUAAAUAUUGUUUGAUGAA